AUGUGUACCUCGAGGGCUGUGCUGGCCAUGGAGAUAGGGGCUUAUAACCGAAGACAAGGAAAGAUGCAGGGGUACGUAAUAGGGGCCUGGGCUAACCUGGAAUAUAUGCAUAUAGCAUGAGUUUAUUGCCAGUGGUUAAGUACAUAUUUACCUAGGUGUCUCAAUAACUUCAAGGAAACAACAUCGAUUUCACGAACCAACCCAAACACAUACUCAUAUCCCACCCUACAUACUCUCCAGCGAGUAUGGACUCUCAUAAAGAAGCAGUCAUAUCCAUCUCUAAACGUCUAGAGCAAUUCUACGCCCAACGCCAGCCCUUCAGAGUCUACCACGGCACCACCAACAGCACGCGCACCUCAGACAAGAGCCGCAGCAACACCGUCGACACCAGCAACCUCAACCAUGUCCUCUCCAUCGACCAGACCAAAAAGACCGCCCUCGUCGAGCCCAACGUCCCCAUGGACCAGCUCGUCGCCGCGGCCCUGCAAAACAGCCUAGUCCCGCUCGUCGUCAUGGAAUUCCCGGGCAUCACCGUCGGCGGCGGCUUCAGCGGCAUGGCCGGCGAGAGCAGCUCGUGCCGCCACGGCCCCUUCGACUCGACCGUCAACUGGAUCGAGAUCGUGCUGGCUAGCGGCGAGACCCUGCGCGCGUCCAAGACCGAGAGGCCGGACCUGUUCUGGGGCGCCGCGUCCGCCUUCGGAACCCUCGGCGUCGUCACGCUGUUGGAGGUCCAGCUGAGAGAUGCCAAGGACUUGGUCGAGCUGACGCAUUACCCUGCAUCCAGCUUCGCGGCCGCGAGCCAGAAGAUCCAGGAGGAGAUCGCCGACCCGGCCGUGGAGUACGUCGACGCCGUCGCUUUUUCGGCGCAGUCGUUUGUCAUCUGCUCCGGCCGCCUGGUCGACGCCGUGCCCGAUGCCAAGCCGCGACGGUACCUGCGGCGUCAGGACCCGUGGUUCUACCUCGACGUGCAGAAGGUGGCGCAGAAGGCGAAGGCGAAGGCGAAGGCAGAGCAAAAAGCAGUCGUCCACUACAUCCCCCUAACCGACUACCUCUUCCGCUGGGACCGCGGCGGGUUCUGGGUCGCGCGGUACGCGUUCCGCUACUUCCUCACGCCCUUCAACCGCGCGACCCGGCUCCUCCUCGACCGCUUCAUGCGCGCGCGCGUCAUGUACCACGCGCUGCACGCGAGCGGGCUAUCCUCCACCUACAUCAUCCAAGACGUCGGCAUCCCCUUCCCCCACUCCCCCGCCUUCCACCACUUCCUCGACGCCAACCUGCCCACCUACCCCCUAUGGCUGUGCCCCGUGCGCGCGCGCCGCGACGACCCCGACUCCGCGCACGGGCUGCACGCGCACUUCUCGUCUUCCCACAACAACAACAAUCCCGACGCCGACCCGCACCCAGAGUUCCUCCUCAACUUCGGCAUCUGGGGGCCCGCCCCCCCCUCCCGCGAUCCCGCAGACCUGGUGCGCCUCAACCGCUCCAUCGAGCACCGGGCCCACGCCCUCGGCGGCACCAAGACCCUGUACGCGCAGGCGUUCUACACGGAGGCCGAGUUCUGGGCGACCUACGACCGCGGCGCGUACGACGCCGUGCGCGCCGCCUACGGCGCCUCGCAUCUGCCGAGCGUGUAUGAUAAAGUCAAGGUUAAGAUAGAUGACGAUGAUGGGGAGGUCUCGAGAAUGCCCGCGGCUCUGCGACGGGUUAGGCCGUUUCAGGGGCUGUAUGGGGUUUAUAAGGCGUGGAGGGGUGGGGAGUAUUUGUUACGGGAGAGGGGGGAAAGAAAGGAGAAAGGGGAGGGGAAGGGACAGCCUGCUGCGAAUAAGGAUACUACGGUGGAAUCUGCCACGAAUGGAAGCUAAGGGCGUGUACGGUAGGCGAAAGUUCCAAGUUCCUGAGCACUUUGCGUGCGUAUCUACCUAAGUAAGGAUGAUCACACGAGUUAAGCACAUUCACUGUUUUCCUUUUGGUUAUGUAAAUUUCAUGAAUUCAUGUCUAUAUACGAUA